AAAUUCCGCGGACUCGGUCAUUUGUUGCUCACGCCUCACAGCACACUGCUCAUAUUUCCUGCACUUCACCUCUGUGUUCUCUUCUCUGGCCAUAGAUCUUCAGCGAAAACCUAGGGAUUUGCUUUCCAGAUCUUCAAUUCUGAGCUUUGGGUUUCUGUUCUCUUGGACUCUUAUUAGAAAAAGAUUAAAAAUUAGUGGGCUUGAAGUUCAUUUACAUACUCAUUUGGAUUUGGAGGAGAGCAGCAUGCCGUGGGCUACUUCGUUUGUGAAUUAUAGCAGGAACUGUGUUCUCCUGGUGGUCUUCUUUCGUGUCAUAAUCUAAUUUAGUUUGCUUUGGUAAUCCUCUUUGAUUAGUGAAGGAACCCUCGCAUUUAGUGCGGUUUGAAUUUAAAAGCGGUUGGAGGAGUGAGAAUGUACAUUGAGCUAACUAUAAAGAGGUAUCGAGCUGUGAGGGAAGUAGGGAAGAUUAAAAUGUUAGUAGGGAUAACUGCAUAUUACCAAGUGAUGCAAGUUUGUCAGGCUGAAUAUUUCCGCCAGUUGCUUAAACCUGUGACGUAGUCUAGCUUUACAAAGCUCUAGGGGAUUGGGUUUUGGGACGGAUUGCCUCUGGUUGUGUUUAUACAUAAAAAGGCAAUUACGAAGGUGAACUGUUUGAUUCUGGUAGUCAUUUAUUAGAAUAGAGAGAGCUCUUUAUGCAGGAUGGCAAUUUGUUGAUUUGCUAUAUAGUAUUUUUCUCAUUUUAGAAACCUUCUUCUGAUUGGAAACCAAAUAAUCACCAACUGAAAGCCAAAAAAAAAAAAAAAAAAAAACAUUCUCUGACUUUUUAAACUAAGGUGGGCUUCUGAUGCAUAGUGACCAACAAUUUCAUCCCAAAGAGGUACCCCACUUUGCAAAUCAGAGGGGUAAUAGUUACAUGCAUAUUCCAGUUGCACCUUCUUUUGCUGCAGCACUACCUCCCACUGGAAAGCAUUUGAUGCCUGUUCAUGGAAUUGAAUUUCAACCUUCUGAGAUUUGCCCCAAGAAUUUCAUUAUUUUCGAUCAGAAUGAUCAUCGAAGCCAAGUUAUGUUCCAUCCUGCAGUUGCCCACAAAGUACGUGGUCCUGGCUUAAAUUUGCAUAGAAGUUACAUCCAAGAGAAUUUUGAUGGAGAAGAGGUCAAUGAUAUUGAAAGAGAAGUAUCUUCUCUAAAAGAGGAUUCAGAUGAUAUUGAUGCAUUGUUGAGCUUGGAAGAGGAUGAACAGGAUGAAUAUGAUGAGGAAGAAGUUAGCACUGCACGAACUUAUGGAGAUUAUGGAAGCAAUUCCCCUGAUUCUUAUUCGACUUGUGGUUCUAAACCCAGGAAAAAUGGAUCUUCCUCUAUUCAGAGGUUCUCUGGAAAUGAUAGCAGCUGUAACAGUGAAAGGAAACGGCAGAAAAUGAAGAAGAUGGUGAAGGCACUGAGAGGAAUUGUACCUGGUGGUGACCAAAUGAAUACGGUAACAGUUCUUGAUGAAGCCGUCAGAUAUCUGAAGUCUCUCAAAGUUGAAGUGCAGAAGAUUGGAGUUGGGAAUUUUAAGAAUUAAAUUUUAAUUUCAUCUGAUAUUUAACUCCAUUCUCUAAGAUACAGGCAGUUCUGCUGUCUGCAUCAAUUAGUUUCCCUCUCUCUUGGCUGGUUGGCAUUAGGUGAAUAAUUCUGACCGGUGUUGGGCACCCAUGUUCAUGAUCCAACGAUCCAAUUAUAGAUUGGUUGCCACAAAAUGAAGACCCUAGUGGUGGUCUCCUCUUAAAAUUUUCUGUAAUUUUAGUUUCUACGUACUCUUUAGUGGAGUGAAGAUUGCCUUGCCAUUCAAUAUGUACUACCCUCUUCUACUAGCAGGUAUUCUGUCUGGCCUGCUACUAUUUAGUACUCCUUUUAAAUAAUGCUAUGUUGUACUGUACACUUUUAUGUCUAUUUAACUGUUCCCAUUUCCAUUGCACUCAAGCAGUGGUUUAUA